AUGCCACUGGCCCACAAGGGCACAUUGCUGGUUAUGAUUAGACCUUUUGUUGUCACAGGUGGUGCUGGGUCAUUUUCAGCCCAUCCAAUCUCGGGAUCAGGAAAGAAUGGAGCUGAGCCAGAAGUGACUAUCACACAUGGACGGCUCAAAGGGAUACAAACAAACGUGAAGGGGACAGACAGACUUGUAAAUGCUUUCCUUGGGAUUCCUUUUGCAAAAGCCCCUGUUGGAUCUUUGAGGUUUUCCUCACCUGAACCACCUGAACCCUGGAAUGGUCUGAGAGAUGCCACUUCUUACCCACCACUGUGUCCUCAGGACCUGUCCCUGCUGAAAACAGCUGAGAAAAACUUCAAAGAAAAACAUUUUCCCGUCCAAAUUUCCGAGGACUGCUUGUAUCUGAAUGUUUACAGCCCUGCUGCUGCGAACAAGGGCAAGUUACCUGUAAUGGUGUGGAUCCAUGGAGGCAAUUUCAUAUUUGGUGGUGCUGCUAGGUAUGAUGGCUCUGCACUAUCAGCCUACGAGAAUGUUGUGGUAGUAAUCAUUCAGUACAGACUUGGACUCCUUGGAUUCUUCAAUACUGGUGAUGAACACGCUCCUGGGAACUGGGCCUUUUUGGAUCAAGUAGCAGCUCUUUGGUGGAUCCAAGAAAACAUUGAACACUUUGGUGGAGAUCCAGGAUCUGUCACACUCUUUGGUGUAUCUGCAGGAUCUUGCUCUGUUUUUGCACAUGUUUUAUCCCCUUUAUCAAAGGGGCUCUUUCAUAAAGCAAUAUCAGAGAGUGGAAUUAUUGUCCACUCUGAUAAACCUUUAAUUUCAACAGAUCUUAAGAAAAUUGCAAGUGUAUUUAAGUGUGAGUCAAGCAGUUCGCUCUCACUGCUAAACUGCUUAAGGCAGCAGGAAGCAGAGGACUUACUCUUGAAGAGCAAGGAUAUCCCAUUUCUACCCUUAGUUUUGGAUGGAGUGUUUCUUCACAAGUCGCCUGAAGAGAUAUUGGCUGGAAAAGAAUUUAAUGCAGUCCCAUAUAUGAUAGGAGUCACCAACAAUGAAUUUGGCUGGAAUAUUAGAUCUGCAUCCAGCAUACCAGGUUUGAAGGAAGUAGGAGAUAGGAAAUCAAUCAUUUCAACUAUAGAGCUUUUACAACCAUUCAUAAAUACACCAUCAGAGCUCCUGCCUGUGAUCUUGGAUGAAUAUAUAGGAACCACAGAUGAUCCUGCUGAGCUACAGGACCGGUUUCUGGACUUGUUAGAAGAUGCAGCAUUUGUCAUGCCAUCCAUUAGAGUACUGAACUAUCACAGGGAGUCUGGAGCUCCUGCCUACUUCUUUGAAUUUCAGCACCGGCCCUUUUCCUACUGGGACAGUAAACCAGAGUAUGUGAAAGCUGACCACAGAGAUGAAGUUGGCUUUGUCUUUGGAGGACCAUAUCUGACUGGGGACAUUCAGCUACGUAGUGAGGUUACAGAGGAAGAAAAGAAUCUCAGCAGAACUCUAAUGAAGUACUGGGCUAACUUUGCUCGAACUGGAAAUCCUAAUGGAGAGGGUUUGGCUGAAUGGCCAUCUUACAACCUGCAUGAAGAAUACUUACAGAUAAACCUCAAGCAAAAGAAAGGCAGCAAGCUGAAAGAAAAGAAGGUAGAUUUCUGGAAGGAGGUGGUGUUUGAAAAGACAAAAGACCAAAAAAAGAAGGUUCAUUCAGAGUUAUAA